UGGAAUCGAUUGCUUCGCUAGCUGCAGCUGAUCCAAUAAAUCGACUUAGAAUGAGGAGUCAACUAUUUGUAGUGCUAUUGUUGGUGGCAACCCAAGCUCAAGGGAAACCCAGUGGCAAUGGCCUCGAGACCGACUAUGAUGCUGAGAUGAGCGACUUUAUGGAUGGUCUGCCAGAUUUGGAUGAUACUCCUUCUGGCAUUGGCUCGCGAUCGGAUAUUUCAGCAGAACCAGAGGCGGACGAUAUUCUGGCCCACCUGGAUGAUGAGUACGAAGGCGCCGAGCACUUUGACUGGAACAAAUGCGACAAGGAUCUCAGCGAGUCGCGGGGCAUUGGAAAGUUCCUGGACCUGCCCUUCAUCAAGAAGAUAGCCAGCAACCUGAAUCCGUUCUCCAGCAAGAAACUCCGUAUGCAGUUUUACCUGUUCAAAAGGGAGUUCCCCGAGUGUGGAAGGGAACUGGAUUUCUCGAACGAGCGGAAAUUCAAGAAGGCUGGUUUCAAUGCCUCGCUGCCUACCAGGCUGAUGAUCCACGGAUGGAUGAGCCAGUCGCGGGGCUCCUUCAAUCGGGAUGUCAAGAACGCCUACUUGAAGAAGGGGGAGUACAACGUGAUCGUGGCCGAUUGGAGUGCGAGUUCCGCCAACAUCAACUACUUCUCGGUGGUCAAGCUAAUCGAGACUUUCGGUGCUCAGCUGGCACAGUUCACCAGGAACUUGAAUCGCCAAUUUGGAGCCGAUUUUGAUAGCAUUUACUUCAUUGGUCACUCCCUGGGAGCCCAGAUAGCUGGCUCGGCUGGAAAGCGACUAAGCCCGGACAAGAUAAACACCAUUUUCGCUUUGGAUCCUGCGGGCCCCAAGUUCCGACAUCGCAGCGCCGAAUUCCGCAUCGAUCCAACGGAUGCCAAAUAUGUCGAAUCCAUGCACACGAGUGCCAACUUCGGAUUCCGACGGCCCACGGGCAGUGCCACCUUCUACCCCAACUACGGAGCCUACCAGCGCAGCUGCUACUAUCUGGGUUGCUCGCACAUUCGAUCCUACCAGAUGUUCGCCGAGUCCAUUAAUUCGCCGCUGGGAUUUUGGGGGACUCCUUGCGUCCGGGAGAACGGCAAGUGGCAGUGCGAUCAAAGCAAGCGGCAGUCCAUCAGGAUGGCAGGCGAGCCCUCGGCCCAUAAGGAGGGUAUAUUCUACGUGAAAACCUCCUCGAGCGAUCCCUUCGCCCUCGGCAAGCAGUGAUUCCAGAAAUUAGUCAAAUAGUUUUAUUUAGAAACCUUUGAAAAUGUGAUUCAAGUUUACCAAAAAUAAAUGUAAUUUU